AUGAAAAAGAGAAGAGCUGAAGAGGCAGUAUACCCGAGUAAACGGCGCUCACCAGGCUCAACGAAAAAGGAAAAGUGGCUGUCCAAGAACUCUUCUGCCCAUGAGGGCGAGCCUGCUGAAGAUGUGGAAGACAUAUAUGCGAGAAGACAAGAUGACACUGGUGCUGAGCUCUUGCACGAGGGAUUGCCAAUAAAAAUGGGAAAAAGACUUCAUCGUGUGUCAAGAAUAAUGGCACAGAAAGAGAUCGAAGAUUCGGAUGAACCCAGCAACCCUCAAAAGCUUCAUGUUCAGGAGGACGCUGAGGGGCGGCACUAUUCACCUCAGCAAAAGCUAUUAACUCUUAAAGAGAAUAUUGCCAGACUCGCCACGCAAUUGCAAGAACAACCGGAUGAAAAUUCUCACUCUUUGAAUGAGUUAUGUCGCUAUGCAUGCUCCGAAGUGGAAGCGGAAUGUGUUUUAGCUAUUGCAGCUCUCGUACCUGUUUUUAAAUCGCUAGCACCAUCCUAUAAGAUUAGAACACUAUCCGAGUCAGAGAAAAGAGAGAAAGUUAGUCGAGAAGUUGCGAAGCAAAGGGAUUUUGAAGAAAGUUUUGUGAGGUAUUACCGAAAGUUUAUCGACCGUCUCCAAUCGUUGUCUAUAGGAUCGCAAAAGCCCACAACUUCUUGCUUACUAUUGACCACAUCGAUCACAGCGGCAUGCGAAUUGUGUAUGUCCUCAUUAAGAUACUUCAACUUCAAUGAGGACUUGUUCUCGAUUUUGAUAAGAUGUUUGGGCCGAAAACCUCGAGACAUUGAUGCAACCAACCAGUUCACACACUGUAUCCGCACUAUCGAGGCUUUGUUGAAGGAUGACGGUGAACAAGGGGAAAUUUCGCUUAAAAUUACCAGAAUUUUAAGCUCAAAGAUCAAGAAGGUGAGUUACAGAGUUGACGAGUCAGUGUUCAACGUAUUUUUAUGUUUGUCAAUCUUAAACAACGCCGAUCCAUUCACCAAUAAUUCGAAUCAACGAACAACAGAAGGUCUACAAAAAAAAAAACGGGUUCAUCUUUCGAAGAAAGAAAGAAAAGCCAGAAAGGAAGCUAAAGCAAUAGAUGAAGAGAUGUUAAGGGCGGAGCAAGCAGUCUCGGCCAAAGACCGAGUUCAGUUUCAGGCACAAAUUCUUCAGUGUCUUUUCAAGUUAUAUCUUGAGACACUUCGAGAAAGCUUGCUGAAAUCCUCUGAUGCUCAUCACCUUGUCGCCGCCGUUUUAGAGGGCUUGUCGAGGUUCGGGCCCUUGGCGAAUAUCGAUCUCGUUGGUGAUUUCCUUGAAGUUCUCAAGGAACUCAUGGAUAGAAUAAUAUGGGACCAGGAAGUUGGCAGUAUCCACAAGUUUCCAGCAAAAGGAAUUUACAGUGCAGAGGAUAUCAGACAGAUUCUCUUGUGUGUUGCAACAUCAUUUGCUCUCAUUUCAAAUCACGCGGAACAUGGAAAGCUCCCUUUCCCGGUUGAUUUAUCCAGGUUUGUCGAGGGUCUUUAUGCCGUGAUCACAGAUAUCGGCCUCGAUGCCGACUUAGAGCUUUCCACCAAAUCGCUUAGACUUGAGGACCCUCUUGGAGAAGAAUUGGGAGAGGAGAAGCCUGCAAACUUUUGGUGA